AUGGCUCAGGUCGUCGGUGGAGGAGGAGCAGGCGCCGCCGUCGCACGCACACUCUCCGCUAAACUCGACUCCUCCAAAUUCUCUCUCACCCUCAUCACCGCCCGCCCCUUCGCCAUCCACAUGCCCGCCGCCAUCCGGAUGACCACCGCCUCCGAAGGCCACCUCGAAAACACUGUGCUCAUCAGCUACGACAAACUCUUCGUGAACAACAACGGGAAACUGAAGAUUGGUCGUGUCGCGUCGAUCAGUGAUCGUAAGGAGGGCGGCGGCGGAGGCGAGGUCGUGCUCACGAACGGCGAGAGCGUGUUUUACGACGCGUUGGUGCUCGCGCCCGGGUCGCAUUGGGACGGCCCGUUGGCGUUUCCGGAUGGGAAGGAGGAGACUGUGAAGUAUAUUAAUGAGUGGAGGCGUAAGUUCGAGGCGGCACAGUCGAUCGUCCUUGGUGGCGGAGGAGCUGUGGGGAUUGAAUAUGCGGGCGAGAUUAAGGACUUUUGGCCUAAGAAGAAGGUCACGAUCGUGCAUGCUGCCGAUCAGCUCUUGAACAAGACAUACCCAGACAAGUUCCGCAAACGCACGGAGAAGGACAUUACUGCCCGUGGCAUUGAAGUUGUCUACAACGACUACAUCGACGAUUUCUCGCAAACGGGCACGGUCACCACUCGCAAUGGCAAGAAGAUCAAUGCAGACUUGGUCGUACCCACGCAUGGAAACCGUCCUGCUACGGAGUUCAUUUCCACACUUGGCUCGAACGUUCUCAACGGGCGUAGCCAGGUCAAGGUUCGCAAGACGCUGCAACUGGAGUCUUUCAACAACAUCUUUGCAUGCGGAGAUGUCAUCGACUGGGACGAGCAGAAACAGGUCGCCAAGUAUGCAGCCCACGCCGACGUCGUCGCCACGAAUGUGAUCAGCGUACUAUCGAAUACGGCACCCGCGAAGGAAUACAAGGGCAGCCCUGAGCUGAUCAUUCUCACGAACGGAAAGAAAGCUGGCGUUGCGUACCUCGGGUUCCUCUGGGGCAUCGUGCUGGGCAACUGGUUCGCUUCAAUGAUGAAGUCGAAGGGGCUGAUGAUCCCUAUGGGCCGCAAGGGCUACGGCCACGCAGAGUGA